AUGGCCACACCAGCACAGAAUGGCGACAACACGAGCACAUCCGACCAAGAAGCAACAUCAGAAAACAGGGCUGUAGCCACACUGAGUGCAGAAACAAAAGCCAUGCUGGACCCACUCUCACAACUCCCCUUUGUGCCAUGGCCAUCCCAAGAAGUUAUACGCAUGGGUGCUUUGGCUGCCAUCCAAGGCAUGUUGGAAGAUGGCACAGAUCCCACUACCGUGCUCAGUGCCGAGGAGCAAGAAGCAGCAGACAAGAGAAGAGCAGAAGAGGAAGAGAGACUACAAGCCGAGCAAGAAGAAAGAGAACGCAGGCGCAGGGAAGAUUGGGCCGCCAGAGGUGGUAAUAGGGCCGCCAUGACCGAAGAUGUCUUUGACCCUGAUGAGCUUUGA